AGUGCCUCAGGAGCAGAGACAACAAACUAUAACUCAAUGUCACUCAGAGCCCACGGCUGGUCAUUUUGGCGUGUUCAAGACAUAUAAACGUUUGGCACUUCGAUUCUACUGGCCCGGAAUGUACGCUGAUGUGGUCGGUUUUAUAUCUCACUGUCACGUUUGCCUUGCUUAUAAGUUACCAACUCAUGGUACUCUCGGUAAAAUGGGGAGACCAAAAAAUGUUUCAAGGCCCUUUCAAGUUUUAUCAAUCGAUUUAGUUGGUCCUUUACCAAAUACAAGAAGACAGAACAAUUAUAUAUUCGUCGUUACUUGUUGCUUUUCAAAGUAUUGCCUUUUCUUUCCCCUUCGCAGGGCAACAGCUGAUCUUGUGAGAAAACACUUAGAAAAUGAUGUUUUUCUUGUGCACGGAAUACCCCAAACUAUUAUUCUUGAUAAUGGCUGUCAAUUUAUAAGUAAAGAGUUAGAUAGACUAUUUAAAAGAUAUAAAAUACCCAAUUUACAUUUUACACCUAAAUAUACUCCGCAGAUGAACACAGUCGAAAGAUAUAAUAAAACUGUAAUUACAGCAGUCUCAACCUUUAUUAAUGAUGACCAUCGAUCAUGGGAUCUAAACCUACCACAAAUUCAAUUUGCUAUGAAUAAUUCCGUAAACGAAACAACUGGUUUCACUCCUGCAUUUUUGGUACAUGGUAGAGAGUUGGUUACAUGCGGUUCACAUUAUUUGGAUACGGAUGAUUCUAAUAACAUAAUUUUCCUUCCAAGAGACGCUUAUGCUGAAAAUCUGGGUCAUUUGUCUAUAAUAUUUGGGAAAGUUCAAUCCGCGCUGAGGAACGCUCAUAUUAAAAACACACAGAGAUAUAAUUUACGUCGCAGAGAAUUUGAAUUUAAUGAGGGUGACAUUGUUUGGAAACGUUGCUAUUUUCAGAGCGAUAAAGAUGCUCAUUUUAGUAAAAAGUUAGCACCUAAAUAUUUAAAAUGUAAAAUUAAAACUAAGCGUUCCCCUUUAGUUUAUAUAUUAGAAGAUAUGGAUGGACGUGAAUUAGGUAUGUGGCAUAUAAAAGAUCUUAAAAUAGUGGGCAGCCAACCACGACAUUGAUAGUCGGAUUUUGAUUCAGGCAAAAUCCUCUUCUAAGGGAGGGGGUACUGUAACGUAGUUUUAUAAAACUCAAUAUAAUCAAAUAUAAACACAUAUAAUAAAACUAAGAAUAAUUAAUAAUAGCCUUAAUAUUGUCUACGGAUCUCUAAAUCCAUCAUACGUAUCAUCGCGAUGCGUGCCCCGCACCGUCCUCCACCCGCGACGUGUUAGACUCGGCAGUCGGCGGUGGGGACAGAAUUUCUAGUCUCGAAGGAGAGCGCACGUUCCUUGGCUGCGCGAACCAACUACAUUGUUCUCGUGCCAUUAUAAUACUUGAAUAACUACAACUUUCUUAUAUUUUUUACACGUUAUUAGGUUAACAUACUACUUAACAAACUAUUAAAUAAAUAAAGUCAGUGUUCCCAUCUAGGGAACACUGUUGGACUUCAAUACCUGUCCUACUUCGUAUGCCACAGUUUUGAACCUGGAUCCGGACAACAUAGUGAAGUCACACGUGUCAGGAGAUUGGGAACCGAAGGGGUGUACGGUAUUUCUGGGACCGAGACUCUGCGAGCAAAUUAUGGCCUCGGCUUUACCCUCGACCUCUUAAAAUCUUUAUUAAAUAUAAUUUAAAUAUAGUUUUAAAAAUUG